UUUGCGUCACAAUACAUGCAUCAUGAAGUCAUGACAGAACAAAGAAAUGACUUCAAGUAAUACAUUUGAAUGGGUUAUUGGCAUCGUAAAUAUAGAAGAAAAAUAUCUUACAGCAGAAAAUUACGGAAAUAAGAUCAGUGUUGGUGGCGCGGCACUCCGUCAGAAACAGAGGUGGACAGUGGAAUUUCAGGACGACGAAUCCAUCUACAUCCGUAGCUAUGCAAGAAAUUAUAUCUCAGUAGAUCGCUUAGGUAAAGUAACCUGUGAAACCAAAACUCGCGGGGAAGAUGAAAAAUUCAUUUUAGAAUACGCAACCGAUGGAUCUGCCCGCUGGGCAUUUAGAAGUUGGAAAUAUAAAUAUUUUCUUUCGGGUACUGGGGAUCAAAUUAAUUGUCUUGCCAAGAAAGCCUCGGAGGCGGACCUUUCCCUGUGGUACACUCCAUUUGCCAUGCAUCCACAAGUCACGUUGUUUUCCAUGCUGGGUAAGAAAUACGCGAUAGCGGACUCUGAUCAAGUUCGAUUUAUCGGGGUCAAAGCCUGGGGUCCUAAGGCCCUGUUUACGAUGGAGUUUAGUUGUGGUAAAUAUCGAUUCAAGACUGCCAGUAAUCGAUAUGUGUGUAAAGAUGGAUCGCUUGUCGAUACAUGCGAUGACGAUACACUAUUCGGUAUUGAAAUUCAUCUCAGUGAGGAUAAAACGUUGAAAGGGUUAGCCUUCAAAGACAACGACGACAGGUACCUGUCGGUGACCGGCCCCUCGGGAAUUCUGAAGGCUAACUACAAAGUCCUGAGGAAGGAGGAAUUCUUCAGGCUUCAGGAGAGUCACCCCCAGGUCAUUAUCGUGGGCUCCGGGGGGAAAACAGCGUCCGUGGGGAUGGAGGUCAUGCUGAAGAAAAUUACUCAAGCCCCAACUAAAUCGGAAAUCUUUCAGUUAGAAUACGAAAUUGGAUCACGGAAAUGGUACAUUGAAACAUACGAUGGCACUUUCUGGGGAGUUGCGAAAGAUGGCCGCAUAGAAGCAAGUACGAAUGCUGUAUCAGAUAAGAAUAUGUUCGAGAUCAUUUGGCUAUCUAAUGGAAGGGCAAGCAUAAAAGGAUCCAAUGGGAAACGACUAGUCAGCAAAGGAACCGGAAAUCUUGCCGCAAGUCUCCCGGAAGACGCCGAAGACUACGGGUUCCAGAUCCGGGUUUUAAAUCGGCCUGUGAUCGUUUUCCGGUCCGAGUUUGGUUUUAUCGGUAUCAAAACUGUCCCCGGAAGUAACAAGGAUGAGUACAUAUGCACCAAAGCGUACCCCAGCGUCAUUGUCUUAGAUCAAAUGAAUGAUGGAAGGUAUAGUUUAAAAAGUGAGAAUGGAAAGUAUUGGUGCCUCAAUUUACAAGUCGGGGGACAUCCUACUGUUAAGGCGGACAGCUCCGAUCCUGUUCCGUUCGUUUUGGAGUUUCGGGAUACCUCUUUAAUGACAAUUUUGGCCCCCAAUGGCCGCUAUAUGAUGUGUGACAAAGUUGGUCAUUUCCAUGCUAUUGCCACGGAACCAGGCCCACAAUGCAUGCUGUAUUAUUAAGUUUCUUAAAUAAUGGGUUUAUUUCUACGAAUUACA